AGAAAACAACCGAAAUUGAUUCAAAAGAAGAAAAAAAAGAAGAAGAAGUUAUCAAGAGAUGAGGGGAUCGGUAAGAAUUCUAAACACAGAGACAAAGUUUUCGCCGGCGCCGGCAGCAGAAGCUCAUAUACAUAGAUCACCAUGGCACUCGCCGUUGCCGUAUUUCUUCGGAGGACUAGCGGCGAUGUUGGGUCUCAUAGCCUUCGCUCUCUUGAUGCUCGCUUGUUCAUACUUCAAGAACGAGAGAGACGGUGAGGAUGCCGCCGCCGCCGCCGGCGAGAAAAGAGAGAACGCCGGAAAAAUGAAGUCCCAUGUUUUCGAAGAGAAGAUUUUGGUGAUAAUGGCGGGAAACAUAAAUCCCACUUUCUUGGCUACGCCGAUGUCUUGCCGGAGAUCAUUAGUUGCCGGAGAUUCUCAAGGGAAGAGAUUUGAUGGGGAAAAAGAGAAACUUGAAGAAGGGGAGGAGAAGCCGAAACAAGAAGAUGUUCAUAUUCAAAUAUUUUCAUUACAAGAUUCAAACCAGUUAUUAUGAGCAUCUAUUUUUCUUUUAUUAUCUUAAAAAAAAUUAGAAAAAUUUUGAUA